CUGGAAAUGAAGUUUCUUCAUUGCUUUAUCUAUGAUCAUUUAGUCUGCAGUCGAUUCCAUCUUGAUAGAAAAGAUGUUACUAGUUUUUAAAUUGAAAUUUGAACAAAUUAGAUAACGACAUUUAAUGUCUACUGAUAACAACAAAAUGAAUGUUGAUGAAUAAUUGUUAACUAACUGAAAAUAUUUUAAAAGAAAUGUUAUCUACUGAAUACACAGAUUCCUCAACUAACAGUACAUUCAAUCAGUCAUUAACAGAGACUAUACAUAUAAAUCACACUUAUACAUUAACAACUGAAACAUACUACAAUAUUGUUACGUCAAGUGUGCAAGAUACAAUUGAUACAUUCACAACACUAUUCAAUCAUCAUGAUCAUACGACACCAUAUUACGAAUUUGCAUGUGUUCGUAGUGAAUUGUCAGAACCAGAUUUUCAAUUAUAUGCAUGUUCCGGUAGUAAGAUUACAUCAUGGAUUGCAAGUAUCUUUUUGAUUACAAUGAGUAUAUUUGGAAUAAUAAAAUGUCUGACAGCUCAUGGUGUACUCAAUAUAUUUGACUUACGACGUACUGGAAUCAGUUUUCCAAAACGACCAGAAUUUUUAGUACUCAUCUGUUCAAGUUUACCAUUAGUAUUUAGCGUUCUAUCACGACCUCUAUUCACACCAUUAUCGCCUACGCAUAAAUACUUCAUAUUGGGUUGGGGAAUGGCACAAACACGCUUUUUCUGUGAUCUCUUCACUAGAACAGCUACAAUCUACCAUCUUGUCUAUUGGGUUUAUCGUACACCUAUAAUAAAUUUCAUUUGGUAUAUUUGUUUUAUUUGUAAAACACAUUGUACCAAAGUACGUGAUCAAACGAAAAGAUUGGUGACACCAAGAAAACCAGCUGUAAAAGCUGAAAAAAAAUCAAAUAAACGUUAUGGUAAACAACAACCAGUUGGUCGUGGAAGAACCUCUGAAUGGGGUUACACUGAUAAAAGAAGAAAAUCACGGUCUAAUAGAAGUGUUCGUGGAACAACUGAAACAAUAGCUGCUACACCUGUCUCAUCGUCAGUCACUAUGCUAACUAGUACCAAUGAAGUUAACAGUCCGACAAGUCAAACUGUCAACUCUGGUGGAGUAAAUUUAAUUGCUGCACAACCAUUAUUUAUUGGUCAGAACAAUGUUUUAGCUUCACCUAACCAAUUAACUGGAAUGAUACCUAAUUUGAAUGGUUUAAUGAAUCCAUAUGGUCAAAUGAUUCCACAAAAUAUGAUGGUUAUGCCUGAUAAUUACAAUAUGUUCAAUGGUGGACCAGUGGGACAAGAACAACAACAAAAACUUCUAUUACAAGGACAGCAACCUAAUCCAUAUGAAAUGAAUAUGGGUUAUGGAUUGGGUUAUGGAAUGGCUAUGAAUAUGAAUAAUUAUAUUAAUCAAGUAAAUGCAUAUAAUCAAUCCAACUUUAUGUAUCCCAUGAAUAAUGGCCUAAGUCCUGAUAUACCUAAAGAUCUUAACAAUACUACUACUACUACUACAGUAAACAAUGAUAAACCGCCAUUCAGUGAUAAAUCAGAAAAAGCUCCUCUGGUUAAAACAAAAAACAAAAUUGAAGUACCACCUCCCACCAAGUUAUUUCUCUAUCGUUGUAAACGUAUUUUACCAGGUUGUAUAUAUAUAAUCUCUUUUCUUGUCACUCUACCAUCAAUUGCUGCAUUCGAACCAAUUGAAGAAGAUGAUAUGAUUCUAGCUCGAUGUACCGCAAUGUGUCGUUCUUAUUUCUAUUAUGAUCUAGUUGUACUGAUCACUUUACCAACAAUCUCUGUAAUCAUUGCAUUUUCAUUCAUUCAGAUAAAUAUUAAGUAAAAAACAAAUAAAUGGUGAAUUAAAAAUAACCUAUCGUUUAAGAUGUUAUUAUGUGACAUUUAUUUUAUUAAAUAUUCCAAUGUUUGUUUUAAUGCUGACAUCAAUCGGUUUUAGAUUAAGUGAAAAACCAUAUCGUAACAUUUAUGGCACUGGAAUAUUGAUUGCUAUGACUGCAUAUCAUACAAAUUUUGCAUUGAAACCAACUAUUUAUACAACUGGUUGUAAUUGUAUUUGUUGUUCUGAUAGUUGUUUAAUUAAAUAUCCAAGAAUUGGUCGAAUGAUUGUCUCAUUUACAACACCAGUAGCUGUGAAAGAUAAAGAAGCAUUAUUAGAAGGAAUAGUUAUCCCUGUACGCAUGGACAAAUAAUUAGUUCAAUAGUAAGUAGUAUUUGAAACAAAAAACUACAUUUGUAUGCAACUGAACAAAAAAUAAAAAAUAAAUUUAUUAUUUUUAUUUUUUCCCUAAAGUCCCCAUAUUUUUUUUUCUCAUUUUAGUAGAAUAUUAGAAUAUUUUCAAUUAUAUCCCGUAAAGUGUAAAUACCUUGUUUUUAUAUAUGUUCAGUAUUCAAUAUUUUAAUGAAUACUGUUGAAAUGUAGAUAGUAUUAAAAAAUGUGAGUUUAUAUUGAAUAUAAAAAGCUACUUUUUC